AGCUGUCAUUGGCAUGCGGCGUGGGUUGCGGAGGAUAAGUGCGUGUGAGUGCAGUUAAGGACAGAGGAGUUUGUGCUCUGACCACCACAUAAGGGCUGCCAAGUUGAACAGGUCACUGUACCGGGAAAAGAAGUAGGGGGGAAGAGCAGAGCAGAGAGGUAUUUAAGAAACCAAGACUUUGGAAGCUCGUACUGUCAAACUGCGAGCAAGAUGAAAGUGGCGGCUGUUUCACUGGUGCUGAUCCUGAGUCUGGGGGCCUCAGCCUUCCCACUAACGCAGUGGGACUUGGCCCCGCAGGCUGAUAAGGCCAUCCAGAUGUCUCUGGACCAGGUCAACGCUCAGUAUGGGAGAGAUCGUCUCUUCAGGCUGACCAAAGGCUCUGUCAAGAAGGUGGUUCCUUUGGGGAUGAACACACACGACCUGAUGAUGAAUUUUGCCGUGAGGGAGACGGACUGUCUGAAGAUCUCUGGGGCGGAUCCUCUGAACUGCAAUUUCCGUCGAGGCUUCUUUGUGGCGGAAGCAUCCUGCUACUCCCGCGUCCGUGUGUCUGCUGAGAGUUCUAAGCUCGUUGGCCUCAGGUGCAGCCAAGCUGACAGCUCCAGCUCUGAAUCCAGUGAAGAGAUGAUGAUGGAGAGAACCUGGGUCUACAACCCGUUUGCUCCAAGAGAGCCUGUGAACCCUCCGGUUGUUGACCUUCCCACUGCUGAGCCAUCCCGCAGACAGGCCGAUAUGUCCAGAGAGAGGGCUCCCACUCGAGGGGACAACUUCAACAACCACCUGUUUCAGUAGUUCAGAAAAGGAACAUAUCAUCAGCAAUCACCUGUAGUGAUGGACCUGGAGACUUCCAUUGUGUAGUUUAGUCCCAGUUUCUAGUAAAGCCGCACAAUUCAGCUUUACAAUAACCCACAGUAUGGCUCACUGAAUCCAGGGGGGUAUUUAGUGACAAACCUGGAUUAGUUAACUCAGAGUAGGUGGUAAACCUCCUAAUAGAACAGCUGUAUGCCUAUAUUCUCCUAACACAAAAAUGUCAUAGGGCUCUUGAUGUAGGAAGUUUACCACUUACUCCGAGUUAACAUGCCCAGGUUAGUAACUAAACCACGUACUUGGAAUACCCCCCAAGUGCACACAGUAUUAUAUAUAUGAUGAAGCACUGGUGCUGUACAGCACAGGUAAAUGUAAACAUGUAAUUUGUAUUCUCUUCACUUAAAUAAAUACCAUAAUACUCUC